CUUUCCUGCCGCCUGCUCCCUGUAUCUCUGCUCAGCUCUAGGCAGGGUCUCCUCUCUUCCACCCUCCCAUCAACAGAGAAGUCCCAGCAGAGGGUGGAAAUGGUGAACAUGAGGAAAAGGACCCUCAAGUGGCUCACCUUCUUUCUGCUCUUCAUCUUCCUCACUUCCUUUGUCCUGAACUACUCAAACACGGGAGUGCCCACUGCCUGGUUCUCCAAGCGGAUGGUGCUGGAACUCCGCAAGUUCAUCAAGUCACAGCCGUGCACCUGCACACACUGCAUCAGCCAGAGCAAGGUCUCAUACUGGUUUGACCAGCGCUUCAACAAGACCAUGCAGCCGCUGCUGACAGCCCACAAUGCUCUGAUGGAGGAAGACACAUACCAUUGGUGGCUGAGGCUCCAGCGGGAGAGGAAACCCAACAACCUGAGUGACACUGUCAAGGAACUGUUCCGCUUGGUGCCUGGGAAUGUGGACCCCAUGCUGAACAAGAGGCUGGUGGGUUGUCGACGCUGUGCAGUGGUGGGCAACUCCGGGAACCUGAGGGACUCCUCAUAUGGGCCUGAGAUUGACAGCCAUGACUUUGUGCUAAGGAUGAACAGGGCACCCACCAUGGGCUUUGAGGCAGAUGUCGGGAGCAGGACCACCCACCAUCUUGUGUAUCCUGAGAGUUUCCGGGAGCUGGGAGAGAAUGUCAGCAUGGUCCUUGUCCCCUUCAAGACCACUGACUUACAGUGGGUCAUCAGUGCCACCACCACAGGCACCAUCACGCACACCUACGUCCCCGUGCCUCCGAAGAUCAAAGUGAAACAAGAGAAGAUCCUGAUCUACCACCCAGCCUUCAUCAAGUAUGUCUUUGACAACUGGCUUGAGGGCCACGGGCGGUACCCAUCGACUGGCAUCCUCUCGGUCAUCUUCUCCAUUCAUCUCUGUGAUGAGGUGGACUUGUAUGGCUUUGGAGCAGACAGCAAAGGGAACUGGCACCAUUACUGGGAAAACAACCCGUCAGCGGGUGCAUUCCGAAAGACGGGGGUUCAUGACGGUGACUUCGAGCACAAUGUCACGGCUACCCUGGCAGCCAUCAAGAAAAUCCGCAUCUUCAAGGGGAGAUGAUGCCGUGAUCUGUUAAGGAUGGACACACCACCUCAGACCUCUCAACUUGCAGCCCCAGCAUCUCCACUGGAGCAAUCCGUUCCAGAAACUUCCAGGGCUGAACUCAGGGUGGUCCCAGGCUUUCAGGCAGCCUCUUGCACCCUCAUUUUGGUAGCAUCUAUUUAGCCAAGUUGUCCAGUUCUCCCAGGGCACAGAGAAAGUCUCAAGCCCUUCUAAGAUGGGAGCAUUUCCCCCACAGCAGUCCCCCAGAAAGUAAACGCAUCCUGGGGAAGAUCUACCCUCCAAGCAAUGACAGUUACUUUGGCUGGUGGGUUGGAGGGUGAGGAUGGGGAAAAUAAAUCCUGAAGAUUCCUGUGAUCAAAAGGUAGACAUUUCCAGGAAGGCAUUUAGAGGCUUCCACUGAACCAUGGGCCUCAUGCUCAACCCAGACUCUGGCUGGAAUGUUUUGGACAGCCAUUUCCAGAGCAGAGCUACACUGGGCUACACCAGCACUGAGGCAAGAUGCUGUACUCCCUUGCAUGAAGCCUGGCCUGUCACUUGAUAUGACAUCCCCAUUGUCCCUUUCUUCAAAAAGCUCACCGAUGAUGGCUGGGUAAAGCUUCUGACUCCAGAGGUCUUCCAUAGGAACCCGGCCAUGUGUUGCUGACAGGAGCGAAGCCCUCGUCACCAUUUUGUGUGAUUUCCCCCCCCCCCCUAUAGUGAUACUGAUGGCCAGAAUAGGUCUGACUACUUCCACGUGCCUUUGAACUUGAGAAAGAAAUGCAUGCAUUGGCUGACAUGAAAAAAACUCCCCAACUGGAGAAAGGGGACCUCCACCAGCACCCCAUUUUACUGCAAAGCUCAGAAUCUCUUUUCAGAUACUACUCCACACCACCCACAGUAUGCCAGGCAUGGGAUGGAUGCUCAUUUCUAUAUCCUCUGACUGUUGGGUUUAGGA